AUGGUGUACUAUCGCUGGAUUGAUACCGUAGAUUUGACGUCAAGACUUUACUUUCCAAAAGCCUCACAAAGGAAAUGGGACUUCUUCUUUUCAAUGUUCCAGCGCACCACUAAAGAGUACCUAAAUGGGCAUGGUAUGGGCCGUCAUAAUAAAGAGGAAGUUUAUUCCAUUGCAAAGAAAGACUUGCAGACCUUGUCUGAUUAUCUGGAUGUCAAACCAUUUGUCAAGGGCCAGGAGCCUACAACUGUGGAUGCGACUGUGUUUGGUGUUUUGGCAGAAUUUGUCUGGCAGGACAAGGGCUCCCCACAAAAUGCAGCAAUUCACAAGGAUUUUAAGAAUCUGUUAGGUUAUUGUGAGAGAAUGAAAGAGAAAUAUUGGCUAGACUGGGAUGACACAAUUGCACAUAGAAAAAAAUUUCACUCUGAAGCUUGA